AUGUCCAUCCCGGCACCCACGACCAUGGGGCCGCCGGGCCACAUCACGUCGGCGCAGGAGCCGUACCCGUCGCCGGCCUCGCUAGCAAGCGCGACGACGACGCACCGGCAGGGCCGCUUCGAGAUCAGCACGCGCAAGCUGCCCAUCUCCAAGGCGGGCCCCAUCGACGCCAUGGCCGCCGACGUCGGCAUCCCCAUCCCCGAGAUGAUCUUCGGCGACAACCUGGUGGCCGUCGCCCACGCGCCCUCGGGCUGGCGCAUCGAGUUCACCGCCCGCGACGCCCUCGACGCCGUCGACAAGACGGGCGAGUCCAUGCUGCAGGUCAGCUACGCCCGCGACUGGAGCGCCACGCGCGAGAUCAGCGGCGUCAAGGAGGUCGUCAAGCCCUUCGACUGGAGCUACUCGACGACGUACCGGGGCACCGUGGUGGCGGUGGCGGCGGAGGGAUCAGGGGAAGCCGCGAACGGGGAGAGGAGGAGGACAAGCUUCGUGGACGAGGACCCGGCGGCGGGCGGCAGCGGGCGGCAGAUCCCGCUGGAGCUGCUCAAGCGGCGCGACCCGAUCCUGUUCUUCGACGACGUCAUGCUGUACGAGAGCGAGCUGGACGACAACGGCAUCAGCGUGCUCAGCGUCAAGACGCGCGUGCACGAGCGCCGCAUGCUGCUGCUGGCCCGCCUCUUCAUGCGCCUCGACAACGUCCUGGUCCGCAUCCGCGACACGCGCGUCUACGUCGACUUUGCCACCGACGAGGUCAUGCGCGAGUACACGGCUCGGGAGGCCAGCUUCGAGGACAUCAAGAGGGGACUUCUCAUGUCGGGCUUGAGACCUGAUGAGAUCACUGUUGCGCUACGCGAUGCCAACAAGGUCGCAGAACUUCGCGAGCUGAAGGUGGUGGAUUACAAGAUGGAGAGCGUUUCAUUGGCGACGUCGUAG